AUGUCGCUUGAAAACUCUCUUUUUCAAUUAAAGUUUACAGCCAAGCAGUUGAACAGACAGGCUGUAAAAGCGGCUAAGGAAGAAACUAAUGAGAAAGCCAAGGUUAAAAAAGCCAUGAUGCAAGGAAAUAAUGAUAUCGCCCUGUUGUAUGCUCAGAAUGCUAUUCGUAAGGCUAACGAGAGAGUUAACCUUCUCCGUUUAGCUUCAAGAAUUGAUGCAGUUGCAUCACGAGUACAAACAGCUGUUACCAUGAGAAGUGUAACAGGAAACAUGACCCAGGUCAUUCGUGGUAUGGACAAAGCAUUGCAAACUAUGAAUUUGGAACGGAUUUCAAUGGUUAUGGACAAAUUUGAGAAUCAGUUUGAAGAUUUGGAUAGUUCAACUUCAUAUUAUGAACUGGCAACCAACAAUGUCAAUGCCUUGACCACUCCACAAGAACAGGUUGAUGAAUUAAUGAACCAAUUGGCUGAUGAAGCAGGUAUUGAAUUGAAACAAGGUCUUAAUGAAACAAAGGUUGACAUUAUAUCACCCCCUACAAAGACCCAAGUUUCAGAAGAGAAGGAAGAUUUAUUAGCUGAGAGAUUGAGAGCAUUACGGAACUGA